AUGCCAGUAUCAGCUCCAUCUCCGCCUCGUCUUCAAUCUCCCUUCAUUCACCGUCCCAUCACUCUCUCUCCCCGAUUGAUCUCCGCGAGGAAGCUCCGGUCGCCGGCAACAACGUCUUAUCCCCGAAUCAAAUCAGAAGUCGAUCAGAACACGGUAAUCGCAAUUUCAGUCGGCGUCGCGAGCGUCGCAUUAGGAAUCGGAAUCCCUGUGUUCUACGAAACGCAAAUCGACAAUGCCGCUAAGCGAGAGAAUACACAACCUUGUUUUCCCUGCAAUGGAACCGGAGCUCAGAAAUGCAGAUUGUGUGUGGGAAGUGGUAACGUGACGGUAGAGCUUGGUGGAGGAGAGAAAGAAGUCUCCAACUGCAUCAACUGUGACGGUGCUGGCUCCUUGACCUGCACUACUUGUCAAGGCUCUGGUGUUCAACCUCGUUACCUCGAUCGAAGGGAGUUCAAGGACGAUGACUAG